GCGCCGCGGCGAACAGCGGAGUUACCAUGGGAACCAACCGCCGCUUCCAGCCCGGGAGACCCUGGAGACCUGGCGAGAGUGGCAUCAUCAUCAUGUUGAGCUCCCUCUUCCUCCUGAAGGCACUUCUUGUUCUUGGGUGCCUGACGUCCUGGGUGGCUGCAGGAGAGCAUGUUACGCCAACCUCUUUUGCGGUGAAAGAAGGAGAAUGUCCUCUUGACAAGAACCCGUGCAAAGAUUUGUGCCAAGGGGAUGAGUAGUGUCUGGCUGGGCGGAAGUGCUGCAGCACAGGCUGUGGUCAGGUCUGCCGAAGAGGCAUUCCCAAGGGGAGGAAAGGAGAUUGCCCCAGGGUUGUUCGGAAGCAAUCCUGUUUUAAAAGGUGCGUAGAUGUCAAGAAAUGCUGCAGGUUUGGCUGCAACAAGAGCCAUGUCGUCAGCCACUGCUCUGAUUCUAUGGCAGAGGUUGGCGGUGAAUGUCCUCCCGACCCCCUUCCAUGCAAGGAGCUGUGUGAUGGAGACGAGUCCUGUCCUCAGGGGCAUAAAUGCUGCAGCACCGGCUGUGGGCACAACUGCCAAGGAGACAUAAUAGGAGGACGGGCCGGUAAUUGUCCAAAAGUUUUGGUGGGCCUGUGCAUUGUUGAAUGCAUGAUGGACGAGAACUGUCCAGCUGGGAGAAAGUGCUGCAAGUCAGGCUGCGGGCGCUUCUGUGCCCCACCGGUUCUGAAGCGCCAGCUGGCCAUGAACCCUAACGGGACCAUGAAUUAGAGACCCCGGUGCCCUAGCUGUCCUGAUUCAUCCUGAGCUUCUCUGGUGACUCCAAGGGGCUUGUCCUGGAAGCCAGGAGAGGUGCCGUCCUGGGCUUGUGAUACUCCCAGGGGUGCUCAUUGCCUGCUUCUGUUCCUGCUGCUGCCUGAGCAUAAGAAACAGCCCUGGGGUUGGGGAAUGGGUGUGUGGUGCUUCUUGGCCCCAAUAAAGGCUGGU